CAAAUAUUUUGAAAACGUUUGUGUUUGUGACUUCGAUAUUUUGUCCUAAAUAUUUUGCCCCGAUGUCUUACAGGGAUUUGCGAAAUUUCAGCGAAGCCAUGCGCGUGCUGGGCUUCCCGGAGCCGAUCUCGCUGGAGAGCUUCCGGAGCCCCAACUGGGCGCUGCUAGAAGCCUGUCUUCGCUGGUUGGCGGCGCGCGUGGAGCCCGACGCGGCGCUGGCGGGCGGCGCCGCCUCCGUGGACCAGCGGGUUGCCAUGGUCACGCAUGCGGUCGCGCUCUUUCAUUCCCGCGCGAACUUGAAGCUGAACGGCAAGAGGCUGUAUGGCGCGGACGGCUGGGCGGUGCGCGAGCUGCUAAAGGCAGCAGGACUGCUGCGGGCAGCCCUGGAGGCGCCGCCGCCCGACGACCACCAGCCCGACGGCUCCGCGCUGCACUACGACGUCACCAACCGGCUAGGAGAAAUAAAACUGGCCCGAUCAUUAGCAACAGACAUCACUGCGCAGGGCGCUUUCCUCUACGAUCUGCUGGCUAAAGAGGCAGAAAAUAAGGAGGUCCGCGAGCAAGCACUAUCACGUCCGCUGGACAUGUCGGCGAUGGAGGCAAGCCUGCGACGCGCGCUGGAGUCGGCGGGGGGACAGCUGUCGGCGGCGCGCGAGCAGAUCACGAACGUGGCGGCGAGCGAGGCCGCGCUGGAUGCCAAGCUGGAGCGCCGACGCGCUGAGCUGCUCAGAGCAGAGAAACGACUGCACACCGUGCAGAAGAUCAAACCAGCUUACGCAGGCGAGCUGGCGGCCCUGGAGAGCGAGAUCGAGCAGCUGUGGGAGCAGUACGUGCUGCGCUACCGCUGCGUGGAGGCGCUCAAGCACCAGCUCAGCGUCUUAGAGAGCGCGCAAGCAGAGGCAGCAGAGGAGCAACAGGCAGCAAUAAUGCAGCUCAUCCACAAGUACGAAGCGGAGGAUGUUUUGGGAAAACUAAGCGAUUCUGAUGACAUGGACUCCAGUGACGAAGGGAAAGACUUGAGCGAAGUGAAGCAGCCCAGGCCAGCCACGAGACCCAAAACUCGGCUCAGAAUCAAAACUGCAGGCGCAGGCGCAGCGGAGGCUCGGCGAGCGUUCGGCAGCAUGGCGGCGCGCGACUCGCUGGACGAAAUCCGCGACGAGGACGACUCGCGAUCAGACUCCGACCUCUCCGACGCGCAGCUCUACGCCGGCGGUGACGUGCCGGCGCGGUGGUCGCGCGCGCGUCCGCGGCCCGCCACGCGCACUCUGGCCGCUGCCGACGACGACGACUUCGCCGACCUCAUCGAGGGCGUGGAGGGCUCGGGGGCGGAGUCGCUGGGCAGCUCGUCGGAGAGCGAGCUGCGGCUGACGAGCGCGCGGCCCAGCGCAGCACCCAUCAGUGCCUCCGCGCUUUCUGACAAUGAGUUCUAAGCACAUCUGGUCGAGUCGUCGCCACAAGUGUCACUGGUGAGGUGACUAGUUAAUAAUGCGGGUUGUGUAACAUAGUAAUAUCUCCCAAUAGACUGGCAACUUUCUUUGGAUCGGGCGGACGCACGGCCGGCCGGGUGACCGACGCAGCCGGAACCGUUGCGCAACACUAUGCGAACAAUAUAACAAGUGUCUAGAAAUAUUUAAGUAUGUGAUCAAGUGUUUUAAUAGUAAACAAACGGAAUCAUAGUAUAUUGUGAUUUUAGUUUUGACUGACGUUGCUUAGAUUAUUUAUUAUUGUAGAGCCAUAACAAUGAGGGAUAUCGUAAAGUAUUGUAUAUGUUAUUAUUUAAAAACAAUGGUAAUAAAUAGUUAAAGUCA